CGUCAUGAUCUGCUGGUACUUAUCAAUCUCUCCCAGAACCAUGUCCAAAGCAUUCAAGACUGUAAGCAGCAAAUAGUCAACUCGUUCGCGUAUCAAGCUCUAUCAAGCCUUGAUUAUUGUAUGUAGGCCCUUUAAAAAGGGACACAGAUUCAGAGACCGGUUAUUACAUCUUUCUUGAAAUUCUUCCACAUGUCCUCUAAAAAGAGCACAGUCGUUAUCGUAGGGGGUGGCACAGGAGGAGUCGUCGUCGCUCGCUAUUUAUCCAAAACCCUUGACCCACGAAGGCACAAGCUCCUACUCAUCAACAAGCACCCAUUUCGAAUAAUCCUCCCUGCCUCGCUUCGCAUGCUCGUCUCCGACAAAGGCAAGCUCGAAGAAAGAAUCCUGGUUCCCUACGACAAAGUCUUCAUCAAUGGAAAUGGGACAUUCAUUGAAGGCCUAGUGACCAAGGUAAACGCUGGGGACAAUUCCAAUUCGGGGAGUUUGGCGCUGAGCGAUGGUCGAGUCAUUGAGUAUGAUGUUCUUGUGUUAGCUACAGGAUCCAAGUGGGAUGGGCCGAUAUCGUUCCCCGAUGACUCUGCGAGCGUGAAGGCACAUAUCGCUGCUCGUAGGGAGGAGAUAGCGAAGGCUAAUGAUAUUCUUUUGGUCGGUGGAGGUGCUGUAGGGAUAGAACUUGCUGGAGAAAUCAAGGAUAUCUGGCCGCGCAAAUCUGUCACGGUAUUGAAUCGUGGUGCCCAGCUGCUCAACGACACCUAUUCUUCGAAGCUGCGGCAUGGUCUUCGGCGUCAGCUUGUGAAACGUGGUGUAAAGGUCAUCCUAGACGAUUACAUUGAGGAACUUCCUGCAGAAAGCUCCGGCCCUGUUCAAAUCCGUACCGCUCAUGGGAAAUCUCUUGAACCUGACCUUGUGCUUCGCACAUGGGGUGUUCAAUCGAACACUGCCUACCUCCCCUCAUCGUUCCUCACUCCUAGCGGAACAGUGAAAGUUCUACCGUCGCUGCAGCUCCCUUCUCAUCCAAACAUAUUUGCUUUGGGAGACCUAAUCGAGUGGGAUGAGCAGAAGACUGCGGCAAAAGCACAAAUGGGACAUGCACCUGUUGUUGCGAAGAAUGUUGAGCUGUAUCUCAAGGAAGUGAAUGUAUCCAAAGCAGGGAAAAUAUACAAGGGUAGUAUGGAGAUGAUUCUGGUUUCAGAUGGAAGGAAAAGUGGAAUGGGUUGGAUGGAUGCUAUGGGUGGCAUUAUUUUUGGACCCUUCUUAACAUCACGUAUCAAGUCCAAGGAUCUCAUGAUCGAAAUGGCUCGCGGUGCUUCCGGUAAUUAGGACGAUUUCCUUCGACUGUAACUUAUGUUUAGGACAAGGUACUAUAUUGUUACUGUUGAUAUUGAUUUGUGAAGUUGGACGGGAAUCGCUAACAAAUGUAUAUACUCAUGAUCUGAGUGUACUUGCUGUUCUUUACUGUGUGUUGUGGUGAGCGCUUGCCUCUGAAUUUAUUG